AUGGCCAUCAGGAUGGAAAUACUUCAAGUGCCUAAGGGCCCAGUUGCCCCUUCAGACCUAGCGGCCCUUUGCAGCCGAUACAGAACUGCUCGGCUGAGAGCUUUAAAGACAUACCCAGAGGCAUUCAGCUCCAAAUAUGAACGUGAGAGCGCCUUCACGGAUGAACAAUGGGCCCAAAGACUUCAGAACCCAAUGUCAAGAACCUUUGUUGCCGUCUGCGUUGAUCAUGACACAGAAGCUCCGGCCAGUGUAGCGGAAGUGGAAAAGCUAAAGAGCAAUGAAUGGAUGGGCAUGGUUGUCCUACUGGGCCCUAAAGUGGUUGGGUCGAGUAUGAAAUAUGUCUGGGAUCCGUUUCUGUCCAUGGCCUGGAUGCAGCCUGAUGAUGAGGGCGACUUUAAGGAUGCCGAGGCCGCAACUUUUGCAGUCUCGAUGUUUGUCUUACCGGAGGCGGCUAGACGUGGGGUUGGGAAGAUGCUGAUUUCGAGGAUGAUGGACUAUGCGAAGGAGGAUGGCGAGAGGAAAUCAAUUGGCAAGCUAUAUGUCAGUCUGAUAGUCGAGAGGGAUAACGAUGCCGCUAUCCGGUUGUAUGAGAGAUGCGGCUUCGCUCGGGUUGAUGUUGGGUCUGAUCUUGAUGGUGUAGGUGACCGCCUUAUCCCACCGCUGGGGAUGGUCUGCUCUUAUGACUUAUGA